CCACCAUCUACGCCCCGCGGCGUAAAGGCCAGCUCUCAGCAGACAUCUGCAUGGAGACCAUCGGGGAGGAGAUCUCAGAGCGCAGACAGAGCAAAAGAGGAGUGUUUCAGAGAGUGGUGGUCCUCUUCCUCCAUCACUGUGAUACACCAGGAGAACCUGUGGACGAUGACUACAUCUAGACACCACAGGACACUAUUCUCUCCAUAACAUCAAGAGGGAUCCCAGCAGUGCCUGACUGUCGAAACACUUGGUUUUCUUGGAAAAGAGAUGGAGAGAUCAAUAGUCUAUAUGCUAUGGAAUCUGCAGGUCAAGGCUGUGUGUUUACACUGACAUGCACAUGAUAAUUCAGACUUAACUAGCUUCAUGAAGAAGGAAUAACUACAGUUGAAGGGACAUGGGCGGUGGGGCACUACCAAAGAUGAACUGGACAACAGAAAUGGACAAAACUCAACAUGAUGAAGGCACUUUGCAAAAACUUUUCCAAAGAAUGUGGAUUUUUGUGAUUUCGGUUCAAUAGGACCAAAUUGAAGGUAAUACAGGCCUGUCUCUAAUGCAGUCCUGUUCAAAUAGUGGCCUGGCUCUUUCUGCUGUUGAGGUCACAACUGACUGCAUAACCCCAGUUGCCUGCACAGCUAGUGUUUUCAGCUGUUUCCCUUGUUUAUCAUGCUAGCCCUGAGAACACAUGCAGAGAGAGGACCAUGCUCUAGUGUUGUUCUGAUCUUUCAUCUGUCCACUACCUCUGUUUCACAAUUAACCAAUCACAGACAAAUGGCCUUAGACAGAAAUCUCCUAGAAAAUGUUUUUUUUAAUCCAUUUUUAAGUUUCAUUUUUACAAAGCUGCUACAACAUCAGUUUUGUUACAGGUGAUAACAAACAGAAGGCUUUUGUUUGGAUAGUUAGCCCAGGUAGAUGUGUCCAAAGAAUAAACACCUCUGAAGCCGAGCUGAAGCCGAGCUGCUCUGAUUGAACCUCUGUCAUCAUAAUCAUCAUCUAUGGAUAAACUUUGAGGUCUUAGAGAAAACUAAUGUUCACAUGAACAAAAAUGGGGAAAACAGGAAACCACAGCACUGUUAGUGCAGGUGAGAUCUCAGCAUUGUCCAGUCACAGCCAUUGUGUUUCGUAGUAAAAGUAUGUAUGAUUCUGCCACUGGAACAGCUUAUCUUCCUGCUUGACUGGUCAUGAUGGAUAAUGCAACUUUAUUUUGUUCCUGGCCCUUCUGUUUUUUUUUUUUGUUUGUUGUUUUUGACACUGA